AUAAUGUCAGCGAUAGGUCUGCAGAAAGUGUUUCCAGUGUAAACUACACUCAGACUGUUUUACAUUAAAUUUAAUGAGCAUAGCCAUAUCUAGGAAUGCAUUCUUCCACUACUUACAGGUUCUAAUCCAAAUUGAGAUUUGAUUUGGGCUUCAUCUAGAUGUCUGGUUGGUGAAAUUGUGUCAGUCCAACUUGAUCAACAUAUCAACACUACUAGAAUUUGAAGCUUGUGAAAGAUGGCAGCUGCUAUGUUUACUCGUUUAACUAAAUUCAACAAAGGAGAUGAGUAUGAAGACCUUGAUGGGGAUGAUAAUGUGGAAAUGGACAUCACAGACAUGUACAGAUCAGUUGGAAAAACACCAGGAGGUGUAAUCACCUCUGCUGAGAGGGGAGCUGUCCAGCGCCAGAAGCCAGCUGACAAUUCAUCUGUCCCUCCUGAAGAAACAUUUACUGUUCAAGAAUGUAUUGACCAAAUAGGAUUUGGCAAAUUUCAAGUGAAACUCUCUAUACUGACAGGUUUUGCAUGGAUGGCAGAUGCCAUGGAGAUGAUGAUACUAGCUAUUCUGUCCCCUGCACUUCACUGUGAGUGGAGACUAGAAGGCUGGCAGGAGGCCCUGAUCACAACAGUUGUGUUCUGUGGGAUGAUGUGUAGCUCCAGCGUGUGGGGCUCCAUCUGUGACAAGUAUGGCAGAAAAACUGAGCUGAUACUCUGUUCUUUAAUCACUUGUUACUUUGGUAUCUUGAGUGCUUUUGCACCUAAUUUCAUAUGGAUGUUGGUUCUAAGAGGAUUGGUUGGAUUUGGCAUUGGGGGUGCCCCACAAUCAGUCACAUUAUAUGCUGAAUUUUUGCCCAGUAAGUCCAGAGCCACAUGCGUCACUUUAAUAGAAAUUUUCUGGGCAGUUGGGGCCUGCUUCGAGGUGCUUCUUGCCCUUUUCGUUAUGCCUACCCUAGGCUGGUCAUACUUGUUGGGGAUCUCUGCACUCCCUUUGCUCAUCUUUUCCUGCUUCUGUGUGUGGCUGCCUGAGAGUGCAAGGUAUGACAUGACCAGAGGAUGCUAUGAUAAGGCACUUCACACACUGGAGAGAAUUGCCAAAGAUAAUGGAAAACCCAUGCCACUAGGCAAACUGGUAGAACCCCAUGCACAUUCCAUCAAACGAGGUCGUGUCAAGGAUCUCUUUAUUCCAGAAUUAAAAGUGACCACUGUACUGCUAUGGAUUAUUUGGUUAGUCUGUGCCUUCUCAUACUAUGGUAUAGUCUUGCUGACAACAGCCAUGUUUGAAAAUCCUGACGGUUGCCAUGGAACUGACGUGAAGUUCAACCCAAACCCAAGCUGUUACCUGGAAUGUAAGAGUUUGACCACCAAGGAUUACAUUGACCUAACAUGGACCACUUUUGCAGAAUUCCCAGGUCUGUUCAUCACUGCGUACCUCCUCAACAAGAUCGGCAGGAAGUACACAAUGGUUGCAGAGUUCCUGAUCUUCACACUGUUUGUACUACUGGUCAAUAUAUGUAUGACCAGGGCUGUGCUGACAUUCUUUUUGUUUAUAGCUCGAGCGUUUAUCUCUGGAGCUUUUCAAGGAGCAUAUGUGUACACGCCAGAAGUCUAUCCUACUUCCAUGCGUGCACUUGGUCUAGGCACCUGUAGUGGCAUGGCUCGCAUUGGCGCAAUAGUGACACCUUUUGUGGCGCAGGUUUUGCUGAAGGAGUCCGCCUAUGCAGCUGUUUCCACUUAUGGUGUCAUGUGCCUGAUUGCUUCUAUUGCUGCUUUCCUUCUGCCAAUAGAGACCAAAGGACGAGAAAUGAAGGACUCUGGUGUUGAAGGACCCAGUAAAGCCAAGAACUAAAAGUUAAGUAUUGGAAGCUGUUCACACCUGCUACACGUCUGCUUCAGUUUCUCUAUUUUGAUCACAUUUGGUAAAGCAUGGACUCUGUGAUGCUUUGAAGCAAUUGCUCUCAAUUUCACUGUCGGCUAUGUCAGCUGUGUGAUAUUAUGAGGAGUAUGUUUUUUUGUGCCAUUCCUGUUGAUGGUUUGUUAUUUAUUUAAAAUGACAUUUUUAUUUUGGUUGAAAAAAAUAGAGAUCUACUAGUGGAGAGAACUCUUCUCAUUAUUGUAUCAUCUCUAACUGAAGAAACAACAAACAAUGAACCUUUCUGUUGUAUUCAAGAUGUUCAGUGUAUUUGUGGUCAAAGUUUGAUGGUCUCGUGCUGAUUAGUAGUCAUACAGAGUGCACUCAGUCAAUAUUUUUCAAUGUUGCCAUCAGAUAAAGUGAUUUGUGAAACUUUUGCUAUGUAAUCAAAUCUAGUGUGACAUCAGUCACAAUGCAAAAGCUGGGCACAACUUUAUAUGUGUUACCACUGAGCAUAAACUUCAGUAACUUUUUUGUUGUAUAUAUAAUUCAUUCUACACUUUUUUUUAAUGCUUUAUUUACACUUACACACAAAGGAUGAAGACAUUUACUGAGGGACAACUUUGGUCCUGUAAGAUUGUAUAUGAAAUUCUAAACACAGAAUUCUUUUUGGUAAUUGUUUUGUUUUUUGCUGGGUUUUUUUUUUGGUUCCCAUGACGUUUUUUUUAGUUGAAUCUCAGAUUAUUUAUUUAAAAACUAUGACAUUGUCUUAUAUUUUAUUUCUUUGUUUUAUUUUAUACAUGAUGGGCUGUGAAAUAUUUUAUAAACUGUAUUCUCGGUUUCACUUCAACCAACUGGUGUUGGACUCAGGCUUAGUGAACUGAUCCUAUUGGGCCAUUUUGUUUUAUUUUUAUAAAGGAACUAGAGUUUCUGUUGUUUUAUAUAUUAAAAGAAAAAAACUAUUUGAAGAGAACAACGGAGGUACAUUGUGAUUUAUAAAAGAUAGUAUGCAUCAAUACAAAUUGUAGAAAUACAGAAUUUUUAUUCCUUUGGGGUUGCAAUGAUUAUUUUCUUUUUUUGGAAACAAGAAUUUUUCUGAUAGAAUAAGUUAAGAACAGCAAUAACAUUUAAAGAACUUUACUCUGGGUCCCUAAACACCUUUCUUGUAACCACUCAGAAGACUUUAGAGAAAUAAUAUUUUUGACUAUUGGUAGGCAGACUAUACAAAACUCUACAGUUUGAUUUUUAUUUUUUAAAUAAUUGUUCUGUCCACUGACUUUUAAGACAAUGUGAUAUAGAUAAUUUUUUAACUUACUAGAAUGUUUGAAUAAAGGCUUUUAUCAUUGUGAUUUUUUUAAAACUAUAUAAGGCUUACCAAUAUUUUUAUGUAUGUAUCUAAACUACUUAUUUUUAAAGCUUAUCAAUCAUUAUAAACAUGUAUUGCUGGAAGAUCAGAUUUAUCGUCUUUAUUCUGACCUAUGAUAUUAAUUGAUUGAGGCCACACUUCUUUUUUUUUUUCAAUGUUUUGUUUUGUAUUUACUGUUUGAGGAUUUCAUGCAAGAAUCUCACAAGUUCAAUACAUUAUUAUCUUGGUACUUGUAUGGAUGGCUGCCUGAUCAUUAGGUAUGCCCUCUAGAAUGGGUGUGUCCCUGUAGAGUAGUUAGCUCAUUAUCAACUAGCUUACCUUUCAACCUGGUUGUGAGCUAUGACUGUAGACUUGUCACAAUGGUCCCCGGUUUGAUCACUGCAUAACCCUAUCCUCUGCCAUCCUGAAUGAGGUUUGAGCUUGGAUGUAAUAAUCUUCAAUUCUGAGGGGAACAUCUGAAACAUGUAACACAAACAAAAACCAUUUAAAUACUCACAUUUACUCAGUAGUAUUUUGAUAUGUAAGGACUUGUACAAAUAAAAACCUACCAUUUUUAUUAAAACUUUAGGUUUCAGAUAGUAAGAAAGAAAACUUAAAUAGACCGCCGGUGGACAACGGCUUUGCAUGAGAUGCGUAAGAAUAUGCAGAUUGCAACUGGUUUGUUUAGUCAUGGGAAGCACUGCACUCAUCCUUAAUCUUUGGAACCGAAGAUGUCUCCAUUAUUGUUAGUAGCAUUAGACUGAGAUUUGAACAGAUUUGAGUUUAGGAUAUUUAUAUAUGGUAAAUAAAUAGCAUUUUGUCAAUUUUUUUUUUUUUUUUUUUUACUUUAUCCAAUCUGAAUCUCAAUUUUUUUCUUAAAAUGCUUAACAUUUAAAUGGUCUUUAUAUAUAUCUAAACAAAAUAGUGUCAUUAUGACAGUGUAAAGAUUUUUCUUUUGCCUGUGGGGAAAGUGGACAUUCUAAAAUGAAUGUAAACAUUGUUUGGGGAUUUAUUUUUUAUCUUUACUAUUUCAAAUGCAUUUAGAGGUCAGUAAUGUGGAAUUUUGUUUUGAUUUAAGCCUGUUGGUGACUGAGUUGAAUAUAAAAGCCAGGCUCUGACUAAUGUAGAAAAGAACCAAAUAUAAAUAAUGUCAACAGAAUGUUGAGUCUAUAAAAGGAAAUAGGUUAUACGACCAAGGUGUUUUUUUUAUGUUCUUUAACAAUUUUGUUACUAAAAUACUAGGCUUAUUCAAGGUUUUAAAAGUUUUUUUUUAAAUAUUUAUAUAUAUAAAAAAUGUCACAUUCUUUUCAAAACACUAUCUCAAUAAAUGUUAUAUGUUCUUGUUCAUCAAACAUCUGAGCAACUGGCAAAUGCUUGCAGUAUUGUAACAAUGAGAUUAUUUAUAAUUUUAGUAACAUUUUACAGUCUUAGUCAAGUAGCAAUUUUUUUUUUGUCAACAGAAUUAUUGUAAAUCUAUUUGUUGGAUGUAAAUCUUUUUGUUGAUUGUAAAUCUGUUUACAUCUGAUUUUUUUUUCAUUAUUUCACUACAGGUUUUUAAUUAAUCUAAAUGUGUUUUUUUUAUUACAGAAAUGUGUUUUUUUUCUUUCCAGUAAGAUUGUAUGGCACACAAUUAGGUCUUAAUACCAUUGUGGUGAUGGUACAAUUGUCUCACGGUUAAAACCACCUUGAAGACACUGGAGAACUAUUUGUUUAGCUGCAAGUAAUAUAAACAAUGCAAUAAAAACAGCUGCACUAUAAUGACCUACAAAACAAUAUUAAAGUCUGCCUAUUGAAAUAUAGUCAAACGUCAUCACUUUAUUUAAAACAUUAAAUAUGAUGUACAAGAUUUAGAUUGCAACAAGUUGCAUGUAGCACAUGUGUAGUCAUGGGUUGUUAUAUCAUUACACAAUUCAAUCUUUAAAUAUAUUACUCAAUGUAAUAUUUCCAGUGUCAUUCAUUUAGCAGAAGAAAUGAAAAUGUUAAAAAUAAAAAAGUAAGCUACUUUGUAUUUGGAAAUCUGUUUUAAAAAAUUAAAGUAAAUGCAAUUUACUUUUAAGUAAUUAAAGGUUGUCUACAUAAUUGUAAACUAAAUGUUUCACCACCAUUUUAAUUUAAAAAUUGUAAAGAUUCACUCUAAGGCAGUCUACUCUAGAUGUAAAUACAGUGUCACCCAGAACUACUUCUAUAUUACUGUUAUGCUUCUAGCCAGAACUGAGCUUGCCAAUUUGUAGAUUAUUUUGUCUCAGCCAGCAUUACUAUGUGGUGUAACUGAGUAUCUUGUAUCUGCCCGCUCCCAUCCCCCUUCGUCCUGCGGGAGGUUUGGACUAGGAAGUAAACUAUGGUCAACUCUGAAGGAACAUCCGAAACAUGUAAAACAUUUUACAAGCAAACAUCUUAAAAUAGCAGCGCCGGACUUAACUAUUGUGACCAAGAAGUCAUGGAAACAGAACAAGUAAUCUACUAUGUAUAUUUACAGGUCACUAAAUAGCAGGGCCGGACUUAACAAUUGUGGGGCCCUAUGCGAAAUGGAUUUUGCAGGGCCAAGUUUGGGUAGGGAAGCAGAUAAUAAGUAAAAUUUAAGAGUUUGUAUUAGAAAAUACAUUCGUCUAUGCAUUAUAUUCAUUUUACUACGUAUAUAAUAAUUCUGUUUCCUACAAAGAUCACGUUCAAUAGUAAGAAUUACUAAAAGUUUCAAUCUAUCUUUGAGAAUUGUUGACCUCAAGUAAUUCUUCAUUAGUCUGAGGCGCGAGAAGCUUCUUUCACCAGAUUACACAAUUACGGCUAAUGCAUAAUGCCGUUUUUAUUUAUCACGCAUAGGAUUGGGGUUUUCCAUAUUGAAUGACACCCAAAAGGACAAUUUUUGUCUAUAUAUUUCUGUAUAUUUUAAGAACUUUUUUGUAUAUUUUGCAAUUUCGGGAGAUUUCCAGGAGCUCCUAGUAAAUUGACAGGAGAGUACGAUAAAUCUGUUUUAAGUUAUAAAAUGGUUUAAUUUAAUAAUUUAUACACCUUGAAGUAGCGUGGGUCUUAUGAAAGUUCAGGGCCCACUGCGGUCACAUAGGUUGCAGUGACCUUAGGCUUCUCCUCAAAAUAGCGGCGCAUGCUACACCACCAGUCGACUAGUACUAUAUAAAUCUUUAAAGUACUUAAGGCUUACAGGUUAUCAGCCAUUAACUUCAAAUCUCUGUCCCAUGUUGUGACUUACUUUGGACUAUUUUCUAAAACUGUCAAAAUCUUUUACUUAUUUACAAUUACUGCAUUUAUUAUUUUUUUAGGAUGUAAACCAAAUUUUUUAUUGGAGUCCCGAGUUGACUUUAAUAUUUCAUUAAAUAUUUUUUUAUUCAAACAAUCAUAAUAUUGUUUCUAUUAAGGUUGUCAUUGAAAGCUUUUUUGGCAUUCAAAAUCUACUAAGAUCUGAUUUCUUAUUUAUUCCUUAGUAAAAACAUUGGAUGAUAUUGCAAAGAUGAUAUUUGAAAAUGAGUGGGGUUUUUGGGGGUUUUUUUAUUUUACUCUUGACCUCUUUACCUUUAAUUGUUAAUAUGCUGUUCCAAUAACUUUCAAAUACUUAAUUUUUUAAAAUCCCAUUGAAGUGAACUAGAAAUGUCUAGUGAUGUAUUUCCUUUUUACCAAUUACUUUGUUCUUACAAAUUUUCAUUGAAAUAUUUUGCUUGGAAAAAACAAAAUAUAUUGUACUUAUUUCAAGGGAAGUACUUACAGUCUGUGCCUAGGCUAAAUGGAGUUUUACCAAUGACAAUCUAGCCUAAUCCCUUUAAAUUUUAUUGUUUGUUCAUCAUGGUUCAAUGAUGACUCAUACUACUGAAGGGUUGGACAAUAGUCUCCCACCAACUGUGGGAAUGUUAAGUUCAUUUCUGCUUUGGGUUGAGCUUCCCACAAGUUGUCAAACAACUAAGUAAAAAGAAAAAAAUACCCCUGAAAGAAAAUUCCUUUUUACUAUUUUUAGAAAAUGGUUUUAAAAUAAAUAAAAGCGGAGAAAAUAAGAUUAAAAAAAAAACAUCCUAUUGAUCUGACCAAUGAAACAGGUGAAUUUUCUACUUUUGCAUCAUCGUAACUCUAAUUAGUGUUAUAGACCAUUCUAUUUUAAAUGUUCUCUUGCCAUGCAUGUCAAUGAAUAUGAAAAGCCUUUAUGCUUUUUUCUUUUAUUUAUACAUUAUAUUGAAAAAAUUAUACAGGUUUUCGCUGCGUAUAGUAAAUGAUUAAAAAUUUCUUGUCCAAUAACAUUUUGAAAAUCUGAUUGUUUUGUUUUUUAAAGACAGUCUUGAGCAGCCCCUGUUAAUAAGGAAAUGACUUUUUUUUUGUUUGAGGCUGAUUGGAAUGUAUUUGUUCCCUUUGUGUAAUGUGAUAGUCUGCUUGAACUUUUCUGUUUCACAUGACUGAAGAGUUGCUUUACUUCUGAUUUCUAUACAUUCACAAUGUUUCUACUGGUUCAUCCCAAGUACAUACAUGACUUACAUUUGAUUAGCUCUAAUCUGAUAGAAUUCUAUGUCCAGAUUGCUCUGAUCUCAAUUUUAAAACAUUGAUUUCUGCAUUGAAACUUUGUAAACAUUUGUUUAAAUUUCUCUCCAGAACCCUUCAACGUCUUUCUCCUAAAGGCUUGCACUCUUAAAGGGGGGGGGGGCGGCUGAGUGAUAAAGCGCUUGACUUCCAAACCAAGGGGUCUCAGGUUAUAAUCUCAAUGAAGAUUGGGAUUUUAAUUUCGGGAUUUUCAGGACGUCCCUAAGCCCAUACAACUCUAAUGGGUACCUAACAUUAUUUAGUCAAAGUUAAGGCGUUUUUUCAUGACACCCUCAUUAACACUUGGCCAUAGAAACAGAUGACCCUGCAUUGUAUAUAUCGUAGGAUCUAAAAGUUGUACUCUAAGGAGUGCACUCAGUACUAGAAAUCUCUGUGUAGCUGCCUUAGAAAUGGAGUGCAACUAAAAAGUAAACAUUGACCAUUAAGUUAAUAAGACAGAUGGAAUAAAUCCCCACAACCUACUGUAAGACUUUAACCAAAAGCUGUAUAGACUCAAGAAAGUCCUCAAAUAUUAUCUGUCCAGGAUUUGAACCCAGGCCCUACAACUUGGCUACUGCUUUAUUGUACCAUGCAUACUAAAAAGUGUGUCUAUUUCUUAUUUUCAUUUUUAAUUCUUGGUUGUGGUGCAAAGAAAUAUAAAUAAACAAAACUGUCACAGGAUUUUGAAGUUUAUCUAGUAUUUAUUCUGUGUAUCUAAACUGGUAUGAUCCUGUCUUACCUUUUUAAACUGGCUUAUAUCUCUUCCCACCUUAACAAUGUAUGUCUCCUUGAAACUUAUUUAGGUUGGACAUUUUUUAUUUUUUUUUGCUGUGAUUUGACUAGUGACAUCAGUGUUAUGAAUCCAUAUUGCCCCCCCCCCCUUUUUCCUGGGCUAAAAAAAAGUUGGGUACCACUGACUUGUCAUCUGGAGGUUCUGAUAUGGUUCUGGGGAAGAAUAAAAACUCUUAGCCAAUAUUUUGUUGGGGUCUAGUGAACAAUGUCAUAUAUAGUCUUUAAAUGCAGACUGUUGCCAAUGUGGUUUUAGAAUUAUAUACUUUAUUUUGGCUUUGUAUGUAUGAAUAUAAAAAUACAUUCUGUACAUUUUUUGUUGUUGUUGCUACCACUAUUUAACAAUUGGGAUGCCAUCACAUUUAAUAUUGAAAGUCGUCUCCCUUGUGUCACAAUGGAUAACACUAAAACGAAUGUUGUAUAUUAUGUUAUCGGUAUAAUAUCAGUGUAACAUUAGACUAAUGUUUCGUAGAAGAACCUGUGUUUAGACAGAGCUAUUAUGUACUUAUUUAUUUAAUAUUUCAAUCGAAGGGAAAUAAUGUGUUGCUUGUUAAACAGUAAACCAUGUGGAAUAUUC